AUGGCGCAGAUAUUCGGAAUUGAUCACAAGUACUUUGCUGUACCAGCUGUUGCUCUUUCAGUGGGCAUUUCUGCCUACUCCGUCUAUCGCUUGUACUCGCAGUCGGCUCGGAAAUGUGCAACUCGUACACCAUCAAACGUUUACGAAUCCGAGAAACUUCUGGGCGAAUAUUUAGUUUUUCACUACGGCAGCCCCGAGCAGUUGAUCCCUUAUCCGUUUGGUCCGAAAGAUGCGCUGGAUUUCCCUAAAAGAUCUUCAGAACUGUGUCUCAAACAUUAUAAGGCAGAGGAUGGCAUUCCAAGCAGGGCUUUAGAUGUUGGUUGUGCUGUAGGCAGAUCUUCAUUUGAACUAGCCCGAGAAAUUCAGGACGUUAUUGGUAUUGACUACAGCCAAUCAUUUGUUGAUGCAGCCAACAGACUGAAAAUCGAUGGACAAGUGCCGUACAGUUUAGUUCAAGAAGGUGAUAUUGUUACUCCAGCAGUAGCAACAGUUUCCAAAGACAUUAACAGGAAUCUUGUGAGCUUUGAGCAGGGAGAUGCCUGCAAUUUGAGAUCAUCUUUAGGUGAGUUUGGUAUUGUGCUGGCUGCAAAUUUGAUCUGCCGGCUCCACCAUCCCAAGGACUUCCUGUCGAGACUGCCAAAACUUCUGUCGAAGAAAGGAUCUAUCCUGGUGAUCACUGCUCCAUAUACUUGGCUGGAAGAGUUUACUGAUAAGAGUUUAUGGUUGGGAGGCUACAUUGAUCAAAACGGGAAAGCUGUAACAGGCUUUGAAGGUCUCCAAAGAGAACUAGGCUCAGACUUUGAACUAGUAGAAGAUGUCAACAUUCCAUUUUUCAUCAGAGAAACUGCUCGAAAGAAUCAGUGGACAGUUGCUCAUGCAACGGUAUGGAGGAGGAAGUAA